AUGGGUGUGCGCGUGACAGGUGUGACACGGGUGUGUGAGCGUGACAGAACUCAGGGCCCCGGGGACCUGAACCUGGGGGCGAGCAGCUUCCAGAGGUUGCUCCGGGCUCCUGGGGCCGGAGGGGGAGAGGGCUUAGUCCACACCCCAGCCCAGACCUGCCCAGGCUGUGCCGACCCCACCAGGCUCCGACCCUCGCUCCUCACUCACUACCCUCCAGCCACCUCUGCCUGGCCCACCAAGGUGGGGACGAAGCCAGCCAAUCCCUGCGGCCACACCCUCGGCUGGCACAACCCACAGAGUAUAAAUGGACGUGCCUGGGAGCCCACACCCGGCAACUCACACCUGCCUCCGACCAGAGCUCUGCCCUGCGCAUUCCCUGUGCCCCGCCUGUCUGGGACGGAGCAGAAGCCACACCUGCCAGACCAGUGCCACCAGCACAGCCACUGGCAGCCGGCCUGGGAGAGUUACCUGCCAGGUGGAGCACAGGCCAGCGGAGGAGAGGAAGCAGACGCUGGGGCAGGACAGCCCCAGGCCCUGGAGCCCCACUGUGGCCGGCGAGGACAACCAUGCCCAGGACCCCCUGACCGCCAGUGCCAGCUCAGAGACGUGUCCUCAGGCCAGCAAGUGUGGCACACGGCUGUGCCACCCCCUUGCCGGAGCAGCUCCACAGCCUCCAUGCCCCGGUCCCCCAGCUCGGCCGGCAGCCCCCGGUCCCCUGGCACCCCCGGCUCGGAGAAAGUGGCCUCCCCCCUGGAGUGCUCCAUCUGCUUCUCCGGCUAUGACAACAUCUUCAAGACACCCAAGGAGCUCUCCUGCACCCACGUCUUCUGCCUGGAGUGCCUGGCCCGGCUGGUGGCUGCUCAGCCCGAAGGCAGCCCCGGUAGUGAGGCUGUGCCAUGCCCCUUCUGCAGGCAGCCCACGGCCGUGCCGCCCGCCGGAGCCCCCGCUCUGCGCACCAGCCGCCAGCUGCAGGCCCGGAUGCCAGCGCAUCUGCGGCGCGAGGAGCCCGUGUGGCUGGAGGGCACCAAGCUGUGCUGCCAGCCGCCACCUGCCACGCCUGGCCGCAAGCCUGGCUUUGUAUGUGUGGACGUGGGCCUGAGCAAGCCCGCCCAGCCCCCUGAACCCCUGCCCGUCCAGGACCCCGCCCCCCGCCGGGGCCGCCUGGCCCACUGCUGGGCGCGCUGCAGGGACUGGAAGCGCAUGGCGCUGGUCUCCGCCCUGCUGCUGGUGCUCUUCUGUGUGGCGCUCUGGCCGGUGCAGUGCGCCCUCAAGACGGGGAACCUGCGCUGCCUGCCCCCGACCUCCCAACCCCCCACCACCACGGCCGCCUUCCCCCUCGGGCUUCUGACUGGCAACUAGGGUCACCAGCCUUGUCCAGGUCGGCCAUGAGUGGCUCCCCAACUGGGGUCUCAAGGGCGCAGCAGCCACUGGAAGCCGGUCCCUAAGGACCCGAAAGCAGCCCAGCAUGUCUGAGGAUUCCACUUGGGCCCCGCCAAGUCCAGGCUCCAUUUAGCUUGUUCACCCCUCACUCUCCAGGCUGGGCCCUAAUGGGGUGGACGUGAGAGGGUCUCCAAAGCCUCCCAGAACCACAGGCUCCCACAAGCCGCAGAGACCACCUGCAGCUCCUGUUAUGCAGAUGGGGAAGGGCCCAGGAGGGAAGCCGGUCAGCACGCCGCGGUCCAUGCACACAGAAUCGCCCGCCAGGGAAGGGAGGGAGGGGCCUGCCAGGACCCAGCUCACACUCACGUUUCACCCCCAGGCCCUGCCCAGGCCUUCUUCAGGCGGGGCUGGUCCCUGCCGUUGGGUGGGGGUGCUAGUCUUGCCCUCUGACUGAGGGGACAGAGUGGGGGCAGGGCAGCCCCCAGUGCAAGAUAACCAUGGAAACUUCCAGCUGCCCUCCAACCCUUGUGAAUUGUAGAUUUUUAAAUAAAUUAUUUGUAUCCAUCUUC